CCUGUUUCUACUUCUAUUUUCCAACGAUUGUUACCUUAAUGCUGUCACCUCUAAGUUUACGAAGAGAGAUCAUCAAAUCUUCCAAGAAUUCUAAACGUUCGUUCCACCACCAUCGUCUUCUUAUUAAGUGGACGACACCGUGGUUUUUUGUGAAUUUACAUAGUUGAGGCAACCUUUCUUUUGUUUCGGAAACGGUUUCUUCUGUUUUCUAAUUCCUUGAUAAAUUCCUCACUUCCCGGUUUUGUAAAUAUAUGUCCACAGACAUUGGUCGAUCGCAUUGUUAAAGCGUAGUAGCAUGCCCGAGCAGUCUUCUCUUCCUCACCCGUCUCUUAUGUCUACUGAAUACUCGCUUCCCGUUCUUUCAACUGCUUAUCCCGAACUUGAAAACAAACAUGCGUUGAAAUCUCCCUCAUGGGAUACUUCAAAAGCUCCCAAUGGUUCGAAACUAAAGGAUAGCUCCAUUCCUUAUUUUCCUUCUUCGAUUGCUGCUUCUGACGGCUAUGCUGGAUACGGUGCUUUUGGGAAUCGUUCUAACAGCUUGUCGCGUAAUUCUAAUCUUGCUGGCUAUUCUUUCGCAACUCCUACGUUCGCUCCCUAUCAAUUUCUUAGUUCCUCUUCAUCCUCGUUGGUUCCUCAGACGACUCCCACUUCCUCAAUGUCGUCGGCUUCCGGAACCAUUGCACCACCUGUUCUUUCAAAUGGACUAGGAUCUACUUGUUUAACAGCUCCUGCUGCCCCCGCUUCUUCUGGUCCUUCUUCCUCUAGAUUUGGAUCAAAGCAUUUGUCAUCAUCCAUCCUACAAAUGAACACUACACUGGAUGAUAUUCCUGUUCUUUUAAGGCGCCCAAAUUUAUCGUCUUAUCCGUCAUCAUCUCCUUCUUCAAACCAAGGAUCCAGAAGAAGUCUUUCCAUGUCAAACUCUAAUAUAAAAAAAUCUAUAUCUACGCCUUUUGCCUCAAACUCCGUUGGUGCUCCGUCCCCUGCAAACGCCCAUAGGCUUUCGACUCCUACUUUGAGUCCACGCCUUAAUCCCGUAACUUCCGCAAAUACUGCAUCUGUCUAUCCAGGGGAUCCGACCUCUUUUCCACCCUCAAAAACUCCAUCUUCUUUCCAGUCAUUACGUUCUUCAGGAUCACCGUUCCUGGCUGAUACGUUUACUCCUUCCUUAACUGCUUCUUUUACCUCGACAGCCAGUUCUGGAAGUAACGAUAGUGCUCCUCCUCUUCCCCCUAAUUCUUUAGGGGUACCGGCAGCAGGAAUUCCAUCCACUUUAUUAGAUCCUUCUGGAUUGUGUGUUCCUGCUUACAUGCCAGAGGAACCGAACGUUCAACCGGCUGUAUCUUCUACCCUUGCUCCUUUUUCGUUUCCGUCUAAUAACAUUCUUUCAUUUUGCAAGGAUCAGCAUGGUUGUCGAUACUUGCAACGACUUUUAGAAAAGAAAAAUCCCGUAUAUGUUAAUGUCGUUUUUAACGAAACACAAGCUUAUCUUCCUGUUUUAAUGGUUGACGCAUUUGGCAAUUAUCUUUGCCAAAAAUUGUUCGAACAUGUAUCGGAUGCCCAACGUUCCGUUUUCAUUCAGAUAAUAGCACCAAAAUUGGUCCCCAUCUCUUUCAAUAUGCACGGAACAAGGGCCCUUCAAAAAAUCAUUGAUUUGGUUUCUUCUCCAGAUCAGGUUUCAUGCAUAGUGGAUGCACUCAGACCAAACGUUGUAAUGCUUACUAAAGAUUUGAAUGGAAACCAUGUUAUUCAAAAAUGCCUAAAUAAAUUUUCUCAUGAAGAUUGUCAGUUUAUUUUCGAUGCAAUUUGCAAUGAUCCAGUCGAUGUAUCGACUCAUAGACACGGUUGUUGUGUAGUACAACGUUGUUUUGACCACGCUUCGCCAACUCAAAUUGAACAACUUGUUCAACACAUUAUACCUCACGCCUUGCUUCUUGUCCAAGAUGCUUUUGGAAACUAUGUGUUGCAAUACGUCUUGGAACUUAAUAAUCCUUCACAUACUGAAACGAUUGUCAAUUACUUUAUUAAUAAAGUCCGUGUUUUGUCUACACAAAAAUUUAGCUCUAAUGUUAUAGAAAAGUGUAUAUUUUACUCACCUUCCCCUUUAAAGGAGAAGUUGAUUGCUGAAUUGAUGGAUGAAAAGUUCUUAGUUAAAAUGCUUAAGGAUUCUUUUGCGAAUUAUGUUAUCCAGACUGCCAUUGAUAACGCCGAACCGAAGCAACGUAUUCAGUUGGCAGAACGCAUAAAGCCGCUUAUACCUAACAUUAAAAACACACCCUGUGGUCGCCGUAUCAUUUCAAAAUUAGAACGUCAGCGCCCCAAUUUAAAGGAAAAAGAAUAACCUUACCUGUACCAUAAUACUAAAAAGUUUCAAAGCAACCCUUAAAUGUUGGUUUGUUUCUUUUUAUUGUUUUCUAUUCCAAUUAGAAGAAGGCAUUUCGUACUGAAAUUCGCUCUUUAUUUAUUACCUUGGCAUAGAAGCGCAUCACCUGUCGCUUAUUUGUAUUUCUAGUUUAAAGGACGGUUAUGUCUUAUUUGAUAUCUCACGAUUGUUUAUUAGUUUCUAAUUUUCUAUGUUGAGUCAUUUGAACACUUCUACCGAAGAUACCAAAACAUACAGAGUUUAUACCUAGCAAAUCUCUUGCUCUAAAAAUUAAAUGU